AUGGCGGCCUCCAUGGUGAGAAGAAUUUUGCUGUCUCAGACUCGGCCAAUAUUUCAAAGAAAAGUUCAUGUGUUUUCCGUCCAUCGACACAUUCUUCAAUCAGCGAAACCACAAACAUCAAUAUGCAGGACCAUCUCACAAGAAAAGAUGAAUGAAAAUAAAAAUUUAUUCUUCAAGAGAAUAUUUCAAGGAACAGCGAUAUUUUGUUUUCUUUGUUUUAUGACACCGUAUCUUCAUUCAUUGAUUGGUGCCCGAUUUGAACCACGGAGAGAUAAGAAACGACGGAAACUACUGGCCCUUAAAGAGGCAGAAGAACGUAAAAACUCCCCGUGGAAUGACUUCCAAGAAGAUGACUUUGGAAACGGCUCAACAAACUUUGCGGAGCAAUCACAAGAAGAGUCAAGUAUCUUUCCUGUUGUGAAAGCAGCAAAAGUUUUUGAUGAAGGGGAUGGUUUUGUACCACCACGUUCACACCGGUUCAACUUUAUUGCAGAUGCAGUGGAUAUUGUUGCACCCUCUGUGGUUUACAUCGAGAUCCACGGAAGGCACCCUAUGAUGGGUGGGAAACAAGUUGCUAUUUCCAAUGGUUCAGGGUUCAUCGUCAGUUCAGAUGGUCUGAUUCUAACCAAUGCUCACGUUGUGGCCAAUAAGAUGGGAGGUAAACAAUCCGUAAUGGUCAAGCUCCAUGGUGGACGGAUAGUUACUGGUCAUGUGAUAGCUAUUGACCCAAUAUCGGACUUGGCUGCAGUCAAGAUUAAUGAUGGGACUGAUCUACCAGCCAUGAAGCUUGGUAAGUCCGCUCGGUUACGUCCUGGUGAGUGGGUUAUAGCGAUGGGAAGCCCUCUAACAUUGAGUAAUACCAUCACAGCGGGAAUCGUGAGCACAGUGAACCGUACCAGUAAAGAGCUGGGACUCAAUAAAGACAUCAACUACAUCCAGACCGAUGCUGCAAUCAAUUUUGGUAAUUCAGGUGGCCCAUUGGUGAAUCUGGAUGGAGAAGCUAUCGGAAUAAACACCAUGAAAGUAACGUCAGGGAUCUCCUUCGCUAUUCCCAUUGAUUAUGCCCAGGACUUCCUGGACAAGGUCAAUCAAAAGAUCAAAUCAGAAGAUUCUUCAUCAGGCUUGACCGGUAGCUGGUUCUCAGGUGGGAAAAAGACAACAACACCAGAUGAGAAACGAGGCUACAUCGGCAUCACCAUGUUGACCUUGACCCCACCUCUGCUUAAUGACCUCAAGUCACGCAUGGCUGACUUUCCUAACGUCACACAUGGAGUCUUAGUGUACAGGAUUACUGUGGGAUCUCCGGCAUACAUGGUUGGUAUGAAAGCUGGUGAUAUUGUUACUCACAUCAACGGCAAACCAGUCAAGUCUGCUACGGACGUCUAUAAUUCAGUGCUCUCUAACAAAGAAGUGGAAAUAGCUGUAGUCCGUCGCUCACAGACACUAACUAUUAAGUUAGUUCCAGACGAGUCCCAGUAAAACCUCCACACAUCAACGGCAAACCAGUCAAGUCUGCUACUGACGUCUAUAAUUCAGUGCUCCCCAACAAAGAAAUGGAAAUAGCUGUAGUCCGUCGCGCACAGACACUAACUAUUAAGUUAGUUCCAGAUGAAUCCCAGUAAAACCUCCACACAUCAACGGCAAACCAGUCAAGUCUGCUACGGACGUCUAUAAUUCAGUGCUCCCCAACAAAGAAAUGGAAAUAGCUGUAGUACGUUGCUCACAGACACUAACUAUUAAGUUAGCUCCAGAUGAAUCCCAGUAAAACCUCCAUACAACGAGGUCAAAGGUCACAUUGGUUAGGACACACUGAUUGGUUGGUUGACCAUCUCUUUGAUUGAAGGCCUGGGCGACUAUUUCAAUUUACAACUUGACUAGCCGUGCCUCAAAUAGUCGCGACUAAUUUUUAAUUCCCAAGACGUGUUGCAGCAUGUUUGCCACAGGUGCAAUGUAGUCAAAUUCACGCUGAAAGGAUUGUUACACUGAUGUCUGAUUGUGUUUUGUAAGUAAAUAAUGUUGUUGUGAAUAGCUGUAAGCGACACAAUUGGUUCACCAAACAGGUAGUCACACAACAAUUUGUGUUAGUAGUCGCGACUGUUUUUUUUAAGGGUGGCUAGAUUACCCGAGUUGUUAAAAAACGGUAGUCGCGACUCGACUAAGCAAUCAAUAGUCGGGACUGAGACACUAGUUGCCCAAGCUGCCCAGGCUUAAUUGAUUGCGACCACUCGAAUGGAAAAUGACAGUAACUAGUACGCUCUCCAUAGUACACUUUAUCACAGAGAUAACACAAAAUAAUAAUAAUACACAACCUACAACUGAAUUUCAAGGAAAUAGACCUCAUAUUGACAAGCCACAAGCCAUAGAUUCACAUGGGAAUUAAAAUGUGCAAACACAAGAAACAAUCAGUUUAAAAGGAUUUAUUCUUCUCAAACAUGACGUCGUACAAUGUAAAUAACUAGCUCUUCAAAGUAUAGAGGGUUUUUUUCAGUACAAAGUGUUCAUGUUGUGUUUUGUUUAUGAAAAACUACCGCUAGUAAACUUGUGGUGUACACAAGAGUUCCUUGCUCUUUGGUACAGCCAUAGUGCAAGGGUACAGCCAUGUAUAAAGUUUGUUGGGUGAAGUGUUGCACUGAAAAGAGCCUGUGUGGUCUCAUCGUUUUAUGAAGAGUGUCCUCUACUUGUCUUUUCAUACUUUGUUUUCUUUUUGUGCAAAACAAGAUUCCCCCAAGAUAAUCUUGAGAAAGGGAAGAGGAGUGUAACAAAGACAAAUUCGUGAAAAAAGCAUUGUAGUGUUAGGGUGUUUGUUAUGUUUUUAGUGUGUUUUUUUUUUUUUUUUAGGGG